UAAGCCGAUUGUAAGCCUUACUUAAAAGUAGAGCGCCCGCGAAAUUCUGCGAGUUUAUACCUGAUGGAUGAACUUUGCAUGGUCUUAGUUCUUUUUUCCCCACCAAAAUUAAUUGAUUGACUAAAUAAAACAGCCGUUACGCUGAUAUUUUGUUCAUCGCAUUUGUCUUGUGUACGAACAGGCGUUAGACACCUGUCUACUGGUAGAUAACUGGCUAAUGCUAAUCAAGGCAAUUUACGAGGGUAAACAUUCGUGUGAUAGAUAAAUAGCCGGAGAAUUUACAAAUCUACAUAAUGACAGAUGUCAUUCUGUUAAACGUACCGGUUAUCCGGCAGCUCUACCACUGGGACUGCGGUUUGGCGUGUGCAAGAAUGGUGUUGAAAUAUCUACAUUCAGUGAGUGAAGAGGAGUUCCAGAGAACCUGCUGUGAUCUGAAAUUGACAGAAAGCGUGUGGACAAUUGACCUUGCAUAUCUUAUGUGUCAGCUAGGCGUAAAACACUGUUUCUGCACACAAACAUUGGGGGUAGACAAGGGCUUUAAAAACCAGUCUUUCUACAAAAAGCAUUUUGAUACCGAAGAAGACAGAGUAAAUGAACUGUUCCUGAAAGCAGAGAGCAGAGGCGUAGUGGUAAAGAAAUGCUCUGUGACUGUUCAGGAGAUCCAGACUCAUCUGAACCAUGGACAAGUGGCUAUUGUGCUGGUUAAUGCUGUAGUGUUAGUGUGCGAUCUCUGCUCCAAUCCAGUCAAGUACUGCUGCUUUUUACCUGUGAAUCAGAAGUGUUUCUGCAGCACGCCUGAUUACCAAGGUCACUUUGUAGUAGUGUGUGGAUUUAAUCGUACAGCUGGCUGCAUCUUCUAUAACAACCCUGCUUAUUCUGACCGUGUGUGCUGUACUAGUAUUAGCAAUUUUGAAGAGGCAAGAAGGAGCUAUGGAACAGAUGAGGACAUUCUUUUCAUCUUCAAGAACAGCUGAUCACAGAAUGCACUUUUGUUUUAAGGCACAGUGAGAGCUUCGCGUAGGCAUAUAUCAGCAUGGGUAUAAUCACAAAUAAAAGAGGACACCUCCAGAAACUCAGGAACAAAUAUGGUUAUUCCAUACUCACAAGCACACACUGACUUAAAAACGAGCAUAAAAAGCCAGAAAAUAUAGCACCUAAUACAAACAAAAACAGAUAUUUGGUUAUUUUAGUAUUAAGGUAAAUUAGCAUUUAAACAAAGCAGCAUGGCGGUGCAGUGGUUAGCACUGUUGCUUUGCACCUCCAGGAUCUGGGUUCGAUUUCCGUUUAUGUGUGCAUGGAGUUUGCAUGUUCUUCCAGUGUUUUGUGGGUUUCCUCCGGGUAUUCCGGUUUCCUCCCAUAAUCCAAAGACAUGCAGAUUAGGCUAACUGGCAUUCCCAAAUUGCCCGUAGGACAUAAAAGUUUCAUCAAGAUUACGUUACAUGUAAAGUGACGCCAAGCCUUUUUUGCUUUCCAUUUCGAUGCUUAUAAAUUAUAUUUUAGGAUAUAUUUUUGUAAGAAAAGGAGGGCAACAAGGAUGACUGUAGCCUUAAGAAUAUUCUUAAUUUAAGCCUUAUCAAGAAUUUGGGAAAGUUUUACAAGGAGCUCACUCCAGGUGAAUUGAAUUGAGGCUAAAAUCAGUGCAUCAGAACAUGCAAACUCCAUGCACACAGGGACAGGAAUCGAGCCUGGCCAGGAAUUGAACCCGGACCCUGGAGGUGCGAGGUGACAGUGCUAACCACUACACCACCAAACAGCUUUAUUAUAGGGAAUUGAAACAGUUAGGCGACAGUGGUUAGCACAGUCGCCUUAACACCGCCUUAACUUUGAGCCAUUGAUUCUGAGUAUCAGAGUAGGAAAUCACUCUUAAGUGGCAAAAAAUUCUCAGUGAUGCAAUUUUGAUUCUACAUUUAGAAACAGGAGUAACAGCAGUUUACCAAAAACUGUUUUAUCAAAAAGUUAUUUCCUUACAACAGGAAAUCACUACCUCCACCAAAAUGUAGGAAAUCUCCAGAGGUGUCUGAACUUGUUAAGGGGAGAGAGAAAAUGCUGUCCAGGCAGAGACAUGUAUGAAUGAGAGACAUACCUCUGAAGCUCUCCUAAAAAGCUAAUUUAUGCUAUUUUCGGCCACUUAGGAGCAAUUUUCUAUUCUGAGACACUUAGUAAAUAUGUGCCCUGUUCACAGCUGUAAAAUAUGGAAAUUCUUGUGCACAAACCCUUGGUUUGAUUAUUUCAAAACUAAUCUCCUGGGCCUGUACUUGGUAAGUGUCUCAGAAUCACUCGUAGAAAUCGGGCUCAAUGUUCAUUUAGGACUAAAAAUCUUCCUACCUCAGUGUGGGACAUCCCACUUUUUUCCCCCCAAAGAGUAGGAAAGCAUUUGAUGUGACUUUUUUUUUUUUUUUUUACAAUACUGUAAAUUAGGCUCCACGUUAUAGUGAGUGCUGUAGUUUUGAUAGGAAAACCAAAAUGGUGAAAUUAGAGACAGUUCUGUGAAAGUUCUGCACACAGACAAAACUCUAAUGUGUGUCUCGGCUGCAUGAUGAUAUCCUAAUCAGACUGCUUCAGUCACAACUGUUUCAAUUCCCUACAAUAGAGCUGUUUAGGACUGCCAUAAUCUGAUCAAAAUGACAUUGAAAAGAAAGUGAAACUGGAGAGAGUAUGAGAGUGUUUUGCUUGCGGAGAAGGGAGUAAAAUGUAAAGAAAUAAUCAAAGCUAAAUUCUGCCCUACUCUUACCUCUUAAGAUGAAAAGUAAACAAAAGCAAUUUGUGAAAGCAUCGAUGCCACCUGUCAGUUUGCCACAGUUGUACCCCCGAGCAGUGUGAUAAACAGGGAUACGAAGUGCUGCUUAUAACAGAUAAUCAAAAAAAAGUUGUGUACCCUCAAAUAAUUUAAUAUAAAUAUAUACAAUGUACAUAUAGAUUAUUUUAUAGUUUAUUUUACUGUGUGCCAUGGAUGAUGCCCAUGACUCCAUAAAUGGAACUUGUCUUUGGUUGAUUUCAUGCUGUGUGGUGGGAAAUGUUUAAACCUGAGCAUGAUCUGCCGUGGUAUAAGAUCAUUGUUUAAUUUAUUAUUUCCGACACUGUCGGCUGUGUUGUUUCAAAAAAUGUUUCAAAACUGCAUCUUAAUUAUUUUUAUUGGACUAGUUGCACACCGCACAUGUUGUGCAACAACAACCUAUCUUUUAUGAGCUCCGUGUCACUCAGUGUUACUAAAACGUCUCUCCUUCCAUCUCUGCCUGAACGAAAUCUCCUAACCAGUUAACACACCUCUGGAGCUAUCCUCUUUGGUGGUGGUUGGAGUGAUUUCCUAUUUUAAGAAUAGCUCUUGUUUAAUAGCUCUUCCUGCUACUCCUGAAAGUAGGAAUAAAAUGGCAUCACUCUAAGAAUUUUUGUCCACUUACGGGGAAUUUGCUACUUUGAGACGCUUAGUAAAUAUGGGCUUGUGGUUUUACAUACAGUCUAUAUAGUAAAAAAAAAAAAAAAGA